AGGCUGUGAUCUGGGCUGCCCGGCGAAUCGGACGAGACUCUGCCAACUUCUCGACGACUCGGAGGUUGUUGACAAAGUGACUAAACUAUUUCCCGGACAUUCUCCUGAAGUCAUGCGGUUCUUCCUGCUCGUUGCGCUGGCGGCUCUGUCUCUGGGCCCGGCGGAGGUGAGCGGAUCGGAGAAGAAGAAGCUCCAGAUCGGCAUCAAGAAGCGGGUCGACAACUGUCCCAUCAAGUCCCGCAAGGGGGACGUGUUGAACAUGCACUACACCGGCAAGCUGGAGGACGGCACCGAGUUCGACAGCAGCAUCCCCCGGGACAGACCCUUCACCUUCACCCUGGGGACCGGGCAGGUGAUCAAAGGCUGGGACCAGGGCUUGCUGGGCAUGUGCGAGGGCGAGAAGAGGAAGCUGGUCAUCCCCUCGGAGCUGGGCUACGGAGACCGGGGAGCUCCCCCGAAGAUCCCCGGAGGAGCCACGCUCAUCUUCGAGGUGGAGCUGCUGAGCAUCGAGAGGAAAGCGGAGCUCUGACGAACAGGAAACCCAAUAAAAAACAGCUUUAAAAAACGUUCCAACAGGUGUUGCUUUUAACUGAGAUCAUGACGUUUAACCAGGAGUACGAGUAAAACCUGGAGGCUGAUCUGACUCUGCUCAACAAACUGGUCCCUUUUGAGUGAAAUUAGCUUGUUAUGAUAAAAGAACUGAUGGUUUGUUCCUGUUAAACACCAGGGCAGUCACAUUCAUCAAAUGAGUUUAUAAUAACAUCACAGCCCUUUUUAAUUUCCUGCAAUUUCUCAAUGAGUUCAUUUCGUGAUCAUUGACAUUCAGUUAGUAGAAAGUGAUGCUGGGCACAGAUUAUUAUAAUGAUUUUGUUCACUUGCAGUAUUUGAAAUAUGAUAAUAAAAUGUAGACUUUGUGGAUAA